UUCCAAAAGAUAUAAAUGAGAUGUGAAACCUCUUUGCACUGAUAUGAAGAAACAUACACUGAUUGAAUACUUUUAGUGUAAUCUGUUCUGCUUGCCGAUACCUGUAGCAAUUUGAACUUAGUGGCAAAUCACAGCUGUUUGACCAUUUAUAGGCUAAACCGUCUUACCAUCUGGUAACGCCUGGUCGAGGAAUGGAGCCCAAAGUGACGAUCCACAGAUAUUAUAGCCGGCAAGCGAAAUAUGAAGGAGCCGUGGAAGCGGAUUUGGAACUGUUCAUCAAGCACUGCGGCGGCGACGUGGUUCGCAUCGAACUGGUGAACCGGCUGCAUGGAAUCCAACUGCAGCGCAAGCUGCGUCGACUACUGCUGCUUGUGCUCCUGGCUAUCGCUUACUUUGUCGGGACCUGCGGAUUUGAUAACAGGACUAUUAGUUUCCUGCAGCCCCGCAUCCUGUACCCACUGGCAACAUGUGCUUCCGUAGCAAUCCUGCUGAUUCGUUCUACUCUGAACCUGGUGCAGGCAGAGCGAUUGUUCUAUAGCUGGGACAUGGCACUCCAAAUGGAGACGGUGCGCUCCUUCGGCAGGGAAUCGGUCCUCUGCGUCCAGCGGGGACACAUCGAGGACAUAGUGCUAAACGAAGUCAUUGAAGAUUUGGACGUAAAAUACAUGCUAAUAUUACGUACAAAAGGAAGCCAAUUCAAGAAGCGGCCCAUAAUACCCCUCUUUAAUAGUCAAUCCCCCUCAAUUGAGUGCCUGCAGCACGCAUAUCGCGUGCUGCAUAAAUAUUGGCUGAACAGCACCAAAGACCGAUCAGAACAGUCCUAUAUCAAGGACAAGCAGUCCUUAGUGAAUUCGUAGUCCUUGACCAUAUCGCUGAACUGUUAGUUAAAGUACUUAUUAAAUAUAGAGACUUAUAGUAUUCAGACAAGCUUA